AUGAAAAGGGAAAUUGAGAAAGCAUAUUACAGCGUUAUGUUACCGCUUUCGGCAUAUCGUGUACGAACAAGUCUUCGUGUUGGUAAUCUGAGCAGUCCAACAGAACACAUUGUUGCAAACGUUUCUACAGCUAUCGAAAAAUUGUUCCAGUUCUGCCCGGGUGGUUUAGCGAAUAUUCGUUCGCUUAAUUUCCAGAUGAUUACUGGUGGCCCAUCACUACCACUUUACAUCGAUGUUGGUUCUCGAAAUAACGUGGUUUUGCCUCAGCCGAAAGGUAAAGGUGCGCCUGUGAAGAAGGAAAAAUCACCGAUCAUUGACGAACUAUCGACAUUACCAGAAGGCAUGGAGGUUUUAGUGCAACGAAACGGAGAUGUCAGAGUUGUGGAUUCCAAA